AUGGGGGGGGGGGGGCACGGGGGGACAGGCAAGAGCCGAAAAAGAAAGGGCCCCAUGCCACCCCCCCCAAGCGAAGAUACUACUCGGAGAACGAAAGGGACGAAGGCGUGGGGGGAAACCGGACAACGGGGGGGGGGCCGGAAAAGGACCCACCAGAGAAGGCGGGGGCCAACGGACAAGCGCGCCACACGCAAGAACCCAGGGGAGGGGGGGGGAGACCCAAAGGGAAGCACCGGCGGGCAGACGCCUGGGGAGAACCGAAUAAAAGUGGCAGAGCGGGAGGCCAACGUGGAAGUGGGUUGGGGGUGGUGUGGGGGGUUGGUGGUUGGUGGGUGGGGGGGUUGUGUUUUGGUUGUGUUGGUGGUGGUUGUGUUGGGGGGGGGGGGGGGGGGGGGGGGGGGAGGGGGGGGGUGUUUUUUUGUAGGGGGGGGGGGGGUUUUGGUGUUUGGGGGGGGUGUGGGGGGGGGGGGGGGGGGGGGGGGGGGGGGGGGGGGGGGGGGGGGGGGGGGGGGGGGGGGGGGGGAAAUUGGGGUAAAUAAGAUUAAAGGAGUGGUACCCCCAAACCCCCCCCCGAAGCAAGUUGGGCCCCGUCCAGAACGGGGCGGGGGGGGGGGGGGGGGGGGGGGGGGGGGGGGGGGGGGGGGGGCGGUGCCGUGGCGGGGGGGCCUAGGGGGUUGGGGGGGGGGGGGGGGGUGGGGGGAUAAACACAACACACAAACCUACACGAAAGGGGGGGGGGGGGGCACACCCCACAUCAAACAGACUCGGGCCAAAGAAGCGGGGGGGGGGGGGGGUGAACAAAGGCGGGGGGGUGGGCCACCCACACGGUGCACAGGAGACAAAGACAGCAACGGGAUAAGGGACAGGGAGGACAGGCGGCGAAAACCGGGGGGGGGGGGGGCAACCGAGAACGCAGGGGGGGGGGGGGGGACAAACUCAGAUACAGUAAAGAGGGGGGCUGGGGGGACGGAACAACGCAAGACGCCCAACCGGGUCGACGGCCCGGCGAGCAAGGACAAAACCGGCACGAGAGAGCAAGAGGCAGCAAGCAACAGACACAACCCCCCGGGGGGGCCGGGGGGGGGGGGGGGGGGGGGGGGGGGGGGGGGGGGGGCGGGGGCGGGACCGGGCACCGCUGGGGCGGGGGGGCCGGGCGCGGGGGGGGCCUCGGCCCACCAACACGUCCGGAAACGGAGGGGGGGGGGGGGGGGGGGGGGGGGGGGGGGGGGGGGGGGGCCAAGCCCGCAGGGAGGCCACCCAAAAGGAAGGGGGGGGGGGGGGGGGGGGGCAGGGAGCGGCGCCGGGGGGGGGGGGGGGGGGGGGGGGGGAGGCGAGCCAGAGGGGGGGGGGGGGGGCGCGAGGGGCCAAAGGCGCGCAGCCGCCGGGCGGGGGGGGACCGGAGACCCAGGCGAAAGGAGGGCGCGGGGAGGGACAAAAGGGGGGGGGGGGGGGGGGGGGGGGGGGGGGGGGGGGGGCAGAGGGGGGGGGGGGGGGGGGGGGGGGGGGGGGGGGGAAAAAGCAAACAAAAGGAGGGGGGGAGGGGCACCACACGGGCGCCACCAGGGGGGGGGGGGCGGGGGCGGGGGGGGGGGGGGGGGCGGGCGGGCGGGGGGGGGGGGGGGGGGGGGGGGGGGGGGGGGGGGGGGGGGGGGGGGGGGGGGGGGGGGGGGGGGGGGGGGGGGGGGGGGGGGCCCCGGGGGGGGGGGGCGCGCGCGGGGGGGGCGGGGCGGGCCGGGGGCGCCGGGGGCGCCCCGGCGGCGGGGGGGGGCCGGGGGGGGGGGGGGCCCCGGGCCGGGGGGGGGGGGGGGGGGGGGGGGGGGGGGGGGGGGGGGCGGCGGGGCGGGGGGGGGGGGGGGGGGGGGGGGGCGCGGGGGGCGGGCCGGGGGGGGGGGGGGGGGGGGGGGGGGGGGGGGGGGCGCCGGCGCGGGGGGGGGCGGCCCGCGCGGGGGGGGGGGGGGGGGGGGGGGGGGGGGCAGGGGGGCGGGGGGGGGCGCGGGGGGGGGGUGGGGGGGGGGGGGGGUGGGGGGGGGGGGGGGGGGGGGGGCGCCGGGGGGGGGGGGGGGUGGGGGGGGGUGGGUUGUGGGGGGGGUGUGGGGGGGGAGAGGGGGGGGGGGGGCGGGGGGGGGCCCGCGGGGGGGGGGGGGGGGGGGGGGGGGGGGGGGGGGGGGGCGGGGGGGGCGGGCGGGGGGCCCGGCCGGGGUCCCGCCGGGGGGCGCCGGGGCGGGGGGGGGGGGGGGCCGGCCCGGGGGGGGGGGGGCCGGGGCGGGCCGGCCCCCGCUGGGGGGGGGCGGGCGCCGGGGGGCCGCGGCCGGGGGCGGCGGGGGGGGGCGGGGCGGCGCGCCCCCCGGCCGGCGGGGGGCCGGGCCGGGGCGGGGCGGGGGGGGGGGGGGUGGGGGGGGAGGGUGGGGUGAGGCGCCCGCGGGGGGGAGGCCGGGGGGGGGGGCGGGGGGGGGGGGGGGGGGGGGGGGGGGGGGGGGGGGGGGGGGGGGGGGGGGGGGGGGGGGGGGGGGGGGGGGGGGGGGGGGGGGGGGGGGGGGGGCGGGGGGGGGGGCGGGGGGGGGGGGGGGGGGGGGGGGGGGGGGGGGGGGGGGGGGGGGGGGGGGGGCGGGGGGGGGGGGGGCGCGGGGGGGGGGGGGGCCGCGGGGCGCGGGGGGGGGGGGGGGGGGGGGGGGGGGGGGGGGGCGGCGCGGGGGGGGGGGGGCGGGGCCGCGGGCGCGGGGGGGGGGGGGGGGGGGGAGGCGCCGGGCGGGGCCCGGGCGGGGCGGGGGGGGGGGGGGGGGGGGGGGGGGGGCCGGGGGGCGGGGGCCCGCGGGGGGGGGCCCGCGGGGGGCGGGGGCGGGGCGGGGCGGCGGGGCGGGGCGGCCGCGCCGCGGGGGGGGGGGGGCCGGGGCGGGCCGCGGGGGGGGUGGGGGGGGGCGCGGGGCGCGCGGCGGGGCGGGGCGCGGGCGGGGGGCGGCCCCGGCGGGGGGGGCCCGGCGGGGGCCGCGGCCCCGGCGCCGCGCGGGGGGGGGCCGGGGGGGGGGGGGGGGGGCCCGGGGGGGGCGGGGGGGGGGGGGGGGGGGGGGGGGGGGGGGGGGGGGGGGGGGGGGGGGGGGGGGGGGGGGGGGGGGGGGGGGGGGGGGGGGGGGGGGGGGGGGGGGGGGGGGGGGGGCGGGGGGGGGGGGGGGGGGGCGGGGCCGGCGGCGGGGGCCGCCCGGGGGGCGGGGGGGGGGGCCGGGGGGGCGGCCCGGGCCGGCCGGGGCGGGGGGGGGGGGGGGGCGGGGGCCGCGGGGGGGAGACCCUGGGGGGGGGGCGGGCCGGGGUGGCGGGGCGGUGGGCCGGGGGCCCCGGCGGCCCGGGGGGGGGGGGGGGGGGCGGGCGGGGGGCCGGCGGGGGCGGGGGGGGCGGGGCGGGGCGGGGGCGGGGCGGCGCCGCGGCGCCGGCCGCGAGGGUGGGGGGGGUGGGUGGGGGGGGUGGGGGGGGGGGGGGGCCGCGGCGGGCGGCGCGCGGGGCGGGCCGCCGGGGGGGGCGCGGCCGGGCCGGGGGCCGGGGGGGGGGGGGGGGGGGGGGGGGGGGGGGGGGGGCGCGGGGGGCGGGCGCGGGGCCGGGGGGGGGCGCGGGGGGGCCGCGGGGCGCGGGCGGGGGGGGGGGGCCGCGGGGCGGCGGGGGCGCCCCGCGGGCGGGGCGGGGCGGCGGGGGGGGGGGCGGGGGGGGGGGGGGGGGGGGGGGGGGGGGGGGGGGGGGGGGGGGGGGGGCGCCGGGGCGGGGGGGGCCGGGGGGGCCCGGGCGCGGGGGGGGCCGGGGCCGCGCGCCUCGGCCGGGGCGGGCGGGGGGCGCCGGGGGGCGGGGGGGGGGGGGGGGGGGGGGGGGGGGGGGGCGGGGGGGGCGGCGCGGGGGGGGGGGGGCGGGGGGCGGGGGGGGGGGGGGGGGGCCCGGGGGGGGGGCGGGGCCGGGCGCGGGGGGGGGGGGGGCGCGGGCCGGCCGGGGGGGGGGCGGGGGGGGGGGGGGCGGGCCGGGGGGCCGGGGGGGGGGGGGGCCCCCGCGGCGGGGGGGGGGGUUGGGGGCGGGGGGGGGCGGGGGGGGGGGGCGGGCGGGGGGCGGCGGGGCGGCCCGGCGCCGGGGUGGGGCGGUGGGGGGGGGGGGGGGUGGGGGGGGGGGGACCACACAAUGGGAGCCUACAACGGCCACGCGCGAGAGCCCGACAAGCGACGAGCCGUAGGGGGGGGGGACGGGCCCCGGGGCGAGAACCACAAGGGGGGGGGGGGGGGGGAGGAGACCAAACGAAAGACAGGCAAAAAGGGGGGGGGGGGGGGGGGCGGGGGGGGGAGGGGGCACCAUAGUGUCCCGCAAACUGCCAGACAAACGGGGGGAUCCGGGCACCAACCACCAGGGCGCUUAACGCGGGGGAAAAAGAGCACGGGGGGGGAAAAAAGGGAGACAAGAACCCAACCAACGGAAAAAGGAAACCGGGGGGGGGGGAGACGGAAAGGGGCCAGGGGGGGGACCCGGGGAAAGGGGCCCGAAGCCCACGGAACGAAGAAAGAGCGGAGGGGGGCCACACAACGGAGCGGCAAAAGCCAGGCUAUCACCGAGGGGGGAAGUACACACAUAACACAAGGACGGACCGCGGGGCGGCACGCGGGUAUGGCAGGGAUGGCGUCCGGGGGGGACGGGGGGAAAAAGACAAAAAAGAUGGAAAGGACACCGGGCGGGAAAACCGAGGGCGGAGGCCACUGGGGGGGGGGGGGGGGGGGGGGGAAGGCGAGCCCAGGCACGCCCGGAUCGGGGGGGGGGUGGGGGGGGGGGGGGGGAAAACAAGGGGGGAGAGCAGGGAGACAAAGCCUCCGGGGGGGGGGGGGGGGGGGGGGGGGGGGCGAAGCACGAGAAGGUGAACCCCCAAGCUACGGAUCGCCAAGGGGGGAGGGGGGGGGGGGGGGGGGGGGGGGGGUGGCCGCCGAAGGACAUAACACAAAGACGGGGGUAAGCCGAAGCCCGGGCGCACAGCGGAAGCCGGACGAGCAACCACAUGGACGCAACCAAGCAAGAAACACCGGGGCGGAAGACGCCCCCGGCAAGAGGGGCGCCCGCUGGAACGCCCCAACCCCGGGGGGGGGGGACCCGGGGGGGGAGACCAGGACAGUGGGGGAGGAGCUGACGGGGGGGGGGGGGGGGGGGGGGGGGGGGGGGGGUGGGGGGGGGCGGGGGGCGCCAAACAAACCGGGGCGGUCAAGCGACACAACCGGGGGGGCGGGCGGGGGGGGGGGGGGGGGGAAUAAUCCAGACCCCAGGGGGGGGGGGGGAGGGGGACCGACGGGGGGGGGACGGCACAGCACGACGGAUCGGGGGGGGGGGGGGGGGGGGGGGGGGGGGGGGGUGGGGGGAGCGGGAAGGGGGGGGGGGGGGGGGGGGGGGGGGGGGGGGGGGGGGGGGGGGGCGGCGGGGCAAGAACAGCAGACAGACCGGGGGGACCGCGCGGGGGGGCAACUAAGGCGACGACGGGCCCGGGGAGCAUAUCAGGGGGACCACCAGGGAACAAAGCCGCCACCGCCUAAGGGGCCAGAGGGGGAGAAAGCCCGAGACGAGCCCCGGCCCGAACAAAGGGGUACUAGGAAGGAUGACAAACGGGGGGGGGGGGGGGGGGGCACGCAGGAAGAAGCGAGGGCGGCACCCAAAGUGGGAAAAGGUCCCAAUCAGCUGCACGGGGGAAGAGGGGGAACCAGAGCGGGGGGGGGGGGCGGGAAAAAGCUGACACAGAACAACACCCCGGCCUCAUGCGGGGGGGAGGGGGGGGCGGAUACGAACAGAAUCGGCACAGAAGGAAUUGAACCCACAAAUCACCAAACUUUUUGUUUACUUGACAAACGGCCCGACUUCAUGAUGAGGAUAAAAUCGAGAUCCUUCCACUUCAUGAUCAUCGAACCCAUACUGGUGGGAAGGAACUGCCACGAAGGCCCUGGACUAAAGGAAACAGAAAGUGCUCUGUCCCGGGUCCCAACAGAGCCACAAAGAGCCUUUGAACCAGAUGGAAGACAACAGAACUUCGAAAGAUCCAACAGGAAGGCGGAACAAGAUCAGCACUUGUCUUUCUGGAAAUACCUGAAGACCUCCACCAUCUUAAAUCCUGAUUCUCUGGUCAAUAAUUCACUACCAACCAGCUUCCCAACUUCCCAACCAGCCAGUCUCCCUCAAUCCCCUUCCAGCCCUACUGUCACCAUGUCCCUGGGCCUCAAACAGGUUUUCAACAAAGACAGGACAUUUCGGCCCAAGCGUAAGUUUGAGCCGGGCACCCAGCGCUUCGAGCUCCACAAGAAAGCCCAGGCCUCAUUGAACGCCGGGCUGGACCUGAGGCAGGCCGUGCAGUUGCCUCAUGGAGAGGACCUCAACGACUGGGUGGCGGUUCACGUGGUGGACUUCUUCAACCGCAUCAACCUCAUCUACGGUACCAUCAGCGACUCGUGCACAGACCAGAGCUGUCCAGUCAUGUCCGGGGGCCCGAAGUAUGAGUACCGCUGGCAGGAUGAGCACAAGUACAAGAGGCCCACCGCACUGCCCGCUCCCAAGUACAUGAGCCUGCUGAUGGACUGGAUCGAGGUGCAAAUCAACAAUGAGAACAUCUUCCCCACUAAUGUCGGUACUCCCUUCCCUAAGAGCUUCAUGCAGGUGGCUAAGAAGAUUUUGUCACGUCUGUUCCGGGUCUUCGUGCACGUCUAUAUACACCACUUUGACCGAGUUAGCCAUAUGGGCGCAGAGGCUCACGUCAACACCUGCUACAAGCACUUCUUCUACUUUGUGACUGAGUUCCACCUCAUCGACAACAAGGAGCUGGAGCCUCUGAGAGAGAUGACGUCGCGGAUGUGCCACUGA